CGUCAAAUUGCGUUCUCUUUGCAAAUUUUUCUAGUAAACAAAUGCGAUUUAACAAAAUAUUGUACUAACUUGUACAAGCUUUACAACUUAUUUGCCGUGCUGUUCUUUUUGAGUACAAAAAUGCGCAGAUGCCGUGUUUCCGGGUGUGGCCUUAAAAAUCAAGAGGGGCGUUUGUUUUCUUUACCACAGAAUCCAGUAGAAGCCGAGAAGUGGAGAGAAAAUAUGCGAUUCCCAAAAACGGAUUACCUGCCACCCCACAAUACUUAUGUAUGCACUCGGCAUUUUGAGGAUAAAGCUAUGACUUCAAGAGUAUUAAGAAUUGGUGGAAUUCCCACUCUUAACCUGGGCUACGACGGCCCUCCCCCACAUAGCUUCCAACUCGGAAGGAAAGGAGGCGGCCGUUACUGCUGUAUUAAAAAUUGUCCUGGAGACGAAAGCCGGACUUUGUACGCUUUUCGCCGCUAUGACGAUAGUUGGUACAAGGCUUGCAACAUAACCCGAACAAAUCAUGCACUUUACAUUUGCGGACGUCAUUUCGACAAAAGCUUUAUAACAAAAAAUAGAUUACUACCUGAAGCUUUUCCUACGUUGAACUUAUUUCCACAACCAACAAGUACUCCGCCCAGCAAACCCAAUGAAAACAUGGACAUUAAGCGGAACUGCUGCAUCGAAAACUGCGUUACGGAUGGAAGUUUAGCGUUGUUCUCAUUCCCUAAAAUGAAGGAUGCCCGCAUGAGAUGGAUGAAAACCUGCGGGAUAACUCCGUCGGAAAAUAGUGAACUGUAUAUUUGUGCUCGUCAUUUUCAUUCAAGUUUUCUUACAAAUAACAACAAAACAUUAGAACCCGGAGCAGUACCUUCAUUGAAAUUAGAUUCACAACCUCCAGGACGCCUUCCUACAUUGCAAAACAGUAUGCCCUCAAGAACCAAAUUGCCAUUAGAUUUUGAACAGCAUUAUUGCUUAGAGAGCAAAAGACAACGUCGGGAUUCACAAGACACCGAUGUGGCUUCGUUUAUAAGCGAACAUGAGGAAUUAAUUUACAAUAUUCAGAAAUCCGGAAAAAGUUUAGAUGCAGCAUCAGUUGAAUGUGAUGAUGAGCAAAUUACUAGAGACAUAAAUGAUACAGUAGUUGCAAGCGAUGCUCCUAAAAUAAAUAGUCCUAUUGGUUCGAAUCAUGCUUCUCUAAGUAAUAAUUUGGAAUUGUCUAAAAUGCAAAUAACAUACAAAAAUGAUCAAGAGCGUUUUGAAAAGAGAUUAGCAGAAUUAGAAACUCGCAUAGAGUUCCAGUCACACAAAUGUAAUCAUGAACAUUUUGAAAAGAGAAUCGCUGAGCUAGAGGCUCAAAUCAAAUUUCAAUCGCAAAAUACGCAAAAAUGCGAUCAUGAACAUUUCGAAAAGAAAAUCACCGCGUUAGAGGCGCGACUUGAAUUCCAAUCAAAACACCCACAAAGAGGCGAUGAUGAAUAUUUUGAAAAGAAAAUCUCUGACUUAACAAGUCAAAUCGUAUCUUUAAAAUCGAAAUACCACAGUUUAGUGCAUCGGGCAAUAAUCCCAACUGAUGCAAGUGAAGAUGCAAUCACUUUUGCCAAAAUGAUUGUUGAUCCCGCAAAAAAAUGUUAUGACGAAAAAGAGAAAUACAUGGCACAGAAUUUAACUUACAUUUCGUCCAAGUCCUAUGAUUAUAUGCGUGAGGACUUAGGAUUCAAUAUGCCACACAAAUCAAUUCUUCGGCGAUGGCGCCCGAACGCCAGCUCCAUUAUAUCUGGAAUUGAUGAGGAUGCCUCUGAAACUUUGAAAACAAUUGUUAGUCGCAUGUCCGAAAGCGAGCGUUUAUGUCAAAUUAUGUUCGAUGAAAUCGAUAUCGUGAAAGCAGAGUCACCAAGCAGUAAAAAGACCUACGGUUCUAAAGCAAGCAAACACUCUAAAUGUUGCUUCUUCAUGGUUAAAGGAUUAUUUAGCGAUUGGAAAUAUAUGCUACCAUAUUACAUAGGAAAAAAGGGCUUUAGUGCUUUCAGUUUACUACGUUCCUUGAAUCAAAAUCUUGAUUUCGCUAAAUCCGUAGGCCUCAAAGUUAAGGCAAUUGUGUGUGCCGAAACACUUUAUAACGCUGAGAUAUAUAAAGUUUUAGGGGUGACUGAAAAAAAACCCUACAUUUUACAAGAUGAAGAAAAAAUUCAUGGUUUCUUCGACUAUUUUUGUUUAAUUAAGUCUAUUCGAAAUAGUUUACUGAAAUACGAUAUGCAAACCGUCGAUGGUGUGGUUAGCUUUAAAUUGAUUAAGAAGUUAUACGCAAUUGAUCAGGUUACUCCCAAUCUGAAUCUAUUUCCUAAGCUCACCUUUGCCCAUAUAAACCCGUAUGGUGUUGACAAAAUGAACGUUACUUUGGCGACACAAUUGCUGAGUCACUCAGUCGCUGUUGGCAUCGAAAAGGCCAUCAACCACAAACUAUUUGGAACUGACCCACAUCCAAGUGCUUUAAAAUGUGUCAAGGCAACUCAAAACUUUAUUCAACGUAUGAAUGACCUGUUUGAUGAGUUCAACCAUAGAAGCCAAUAUGAGAUAACAAGUGAGGACCGAACGAGCCAAAACUACAUAGAAAAAAUUAAUAAUUUAAAAGAUCAUUUAAAAUAUAUAUAUUCAUUGGAACAACGCGAUAUGAUAAAUCUGCCAUUUAAAUCUGAUUUAAUUUUAACAACCAAAUCAAUGAUCAACUUUUACCAAGAUCUCUUCAGAAAACACAAAUCUUUAGACAUUAAUCUUCUCGGCAAUUUAAAUCAAGAUGCGCUAAAUACAUUUUUAUGUGAACUACGUAAAGUGAGCCCUACAGAAAAUGAGGUUCAAACCCUUGUAACGAGUUCACGAAGAGAAUUUGAGCAAUUAUACAAAAGUAAUGAAUUUGCUGCUAUACCAAAUCGCUACGAUAACUUAGAACAGCCAGCACUACAAAUUGAAGAUUUUAUAGUAGAAGUGGGCGAAUAAUGUGUGGAACACUUUUCAGCAAAUAACUGCAUUUAAAGCUUAAUCCUAAACUAAGUUUUUGUUUCGAAAAUUCAUGUACAUAAGUGUCACUUUUAUUAUAUUAUUAUUUAAGUCAACAACAUGUAAAGAGGUAUUACAAGCUAUACAUGUACUAAGAUAAACCACUUGGAAUAUUAUUUGAUUGGUAAGUUAUGUUUGUAGUCCCUCGGAAUUUAAUAAAAAAAAAAAACUUUA